AUGACCACAAUGUCAAGAGGACUCGAUGUCCAGAGCGCCAUCCUCCCCGGCGGGGGCAGUUUCAACAUGUGGCAUGAUUACAAAAAUCUGAAUCUGUUGGAGAGGCAGCAGCAACCAAGAGGAGGAAACCCGGACAAAGGGUGCCCAAAGAUGGGCCAAGUGGCGUUCUGGCGUAAGGUCCGGACUUCAACUCGGGAGAAGAAAUCCUCCAAAAACUCAUCGGAGUCCAGUCCAGCCAGCAGCGUGUCGGACACCAGCUGCAGCGUGACCUCCACGGACUACUGCCGCUUCUGCAAGCAGAACUGGGAGAUUCUUAGGGUGUACCGAUCUCACAAGCUGAAAUCAGAUGACGGGAAUUUUUUUUGCCCCAUCCUGCGGAACUACACCUGCCCCGCCUGUGAAGCCACAGGCGAUUGGAAAGAUGCUGACCAGAGGCGCAGGUUCUGA